CAGUCUCACAGAUUAGGCUCACCCCGCCCAAAAUGGAUAUGCUCUAUCCAUUGGUUUUCAAUAAGAAUACCUUAUCUGCUCUUUAGGGGACGCCGUCAGUCGAGUUGUCUGCUCUUUAGGGGCUCUUUGUUUUUUCGCCGAGGGAGUAUUGACAGGUCAAGGUGCACAAGUUUAGCUCAGUGGGUUGGCCUUAUAAGUAGAAGCAUGGUGUAAGGCAUCCGCACAACCACACACCACCUCAACAAGAGCCUGUCUUGGUAGGACAAGAGCAUUUGAAUGUAUUUCAGCUUUUCAUUUUGUUUUUGAGAGUUUGUUCUGUAUCUCAUCAAAAUGGAUAACGUAUGUCAAUGUACAGAUUACAAUGUUAGGCAGUCAAAUGCUAUCCUUUACAACAUCCUCAAUCAAGAAAAUGUCAAGUCAAGCCACAACAACCUGAACUACAACUUGAUACCUCAUAGAUGCAACUGCGAGAUACGACGGACAGUGUGCUUGGAAAGUCCAGCAGACAUUUGCCAAGAGGCAUCGGGAGUGCUGGUGAAAACAAUUCACUUUAUGAAGAACUUACCUGCUUUCAACCAACUCCCACCAAACGAUCAACUAUCGCUCCUCCAAAGUUGCUGGGCGCCACUCUUUAUUUUGGGUCUGGCCCAGGAAGGCAUGAACUUUGACAUCGUCGACACCCCUGCCGAUAGCAUGCUGAAAAGAAUCCUCUUGAAUUCUCAAGAGAGCUCAGAGACGGAAAGAGAGCAGCCCACAUUGGCUGGUGUGAACAAACUCAAGGCAUGCCUCAAAAAGUUCUGGAGUCUGGAUUUAAGUCCAAAGGAGUACGCAUACCUCAAGGGCACCAUGAUAUUUAACCCAGAUGUGAAAGACCUAAAGGCAGCUCUAUUCGUGGAGGGCUUACAGCAGGAGGCUCAGCAUGCUCUGAGGGAGGUGGUCCAACCGCUCCACCCCGCGGACCGAAGCCGCUUCGCUCGUAUCCUGCUCGCGGCCUCCAUGCUCAAAACCAUCACACCCAACCUCAUCACCGAGCUCUUCUUCCGUCCUGUCAUUGGCCAAGCAAAUCUACUGGACUUCCUGGUCGAUAUGCUCUUCAGCAGGUAGCUACUGUAAGGCUGAUAUACAGAGACCUGAUAUAAUUUCCCGCUGGGACAAUAAAGUUGAAGCUUAAGCUUGAGGGGUUUGGGCUCCCACUGUGAGGGAUAUUGAGCCCCCGGGACUGAGUUGGAGGUGUCUGGUCAUGUGGUGAAGAGAUUGACAAAUAAGAGCUCGUUAUAAGGGGAAACAAAAUAAAUGUGUAUUCUUUAUUCCCAGUAAUAAA